UUUGUUUCGUGAAUGGCGGGAAAAUUUAUAAUAACAGGAAAACAAUUUUAUGUCGUUUAUGUUUAUAUUCUCGUCUGAAAUUUUGAUAUGGAUAAAGAAAAGGUAAGUGAUUGCUAAUACAGUAUUUACAUGAUUUUAGCUGCAGUAUCUUGACGUAUAAAACUAAUAAAAGCGCCCUUUAUAGUGGUCAUGGCAGAACAUAUAUUAUAUAGACUGUAUAUAUUAACUACCAUCUUUUUUAAUGCGUGUUCGUUGAACACUAACUUACUAACAAUUAUAUAACUAUAUAAAUGAAUGUUCAGAUGGCUUAGAGCUUGGGAAUUUAAUAUGUUAUUCACUGCUGUGAUUAUAAAAUAAAAUAAAAUUGAUUUGUCAUUUGAAUAUUGGAAAUUGAAUUGGUCAUUCGAUAUCUAUUGUGGAAUCCAAAAUUGUGGAAUGAGUUACAGUAUGUGACUUUAUAGGGCCUGUUUAUUUGGAAGCCGGGCUGGCUCGCUUAGCCCGGUAAGCGGGAUGAAUUUCUCUUGUGUUUAUAGGAGAAAAUUUCAUCCCGCUUGCCGGGACAAUUUUGUUAUUUUGAUUUGUUUUGACAAUUUUGAACUUUCAUCCCGGCAACCAGGCUAGUCCGUUAGCGAGUGUUUAUAUGGAGAAAUUUUCAUCCUAGUAAGCGAGAUGUUGCCUCUUUCAAGCGAGAUCUCGGCAACCGAGAUCUCGGCAACCGGGUCAGCCCGCUUGUGCAUAUAAACACACAAUAAUUUUUACUAUAAAAAUAACUACACAGCGAGAUCUGGCUUACCAGGCUGUCUCGCAUAGUGGGCCAGCCCUGCUUCCAUACAAACAGGCCCUAAAUAUAUGUUGUAUGGCUUGAAUUUAAUUGCCAGCAAAAUUUAACAAGAUUUCAAUACACUUUUUAAAUAAAGAUGAUAAUCAUUAUGUCACCGUGAUCACAGGCGAUAAUUAUUAUGUACAGAUUUUAACUUCCGCUACCAUUUCCAUUAACCAAUCAGAUGCUUUUAUGCUACUUUUUUAUGCCAAUCAAAUGCGUAUUAAGCAUAUGAGAGGUAGCGGGAGUCAAAUCUGAACCUCUCUAUUACAUAGCUGCCAAGGUGGAGUGAUCUGCAUGUGUGAGACACCAUCCACUUACGCAAUCUAUGUGGGCCCGGCCCCCCUCCCCCGGAAAAUUUUAAAAAUUUGAGAUAUGGAAUUUGCAGCAUUUCAUUCCCAAGACACAAUUUAUUCACGAUUGCUGGCACCUUGGACGCUGUAAUCAGAUGGCAUUUAUGCACCGGAAAUAGGCUCAAUUUUAGGCAUCAAAUGAGGUGUUGACAACAAAUUCACACUGAUAAUAAACACUUACCCACUCUACUGUAUUCAUCAGAUUAAUUUACCAACUAAUUUCAUAGUGUAAAAUAGAAAAACUAAACAUUAAAACAUUUCACAGGUUUCCAAAGUUUACAAUGCUCUCCAGAUUUAUGUUUUUUUAUUAAACUCUUCAGUCACAAGCGGCCAAAGCAGCUCAUGCGUGAGAUAAAUAAUACUGCGCGUGUGAGUGUGAGAAAAUAUGCUGAUUGCUGAGGCAUGUGUCACACGCCUAAUGCGCGAGACUUGGUAGGUAUGCUAUUAUAUCCUAAAAGAUGAUAAUUAUAACAUCUCCUUCCUUGGCCUGGAAGCCUUGUUUUCAUGAGAGCGAGGCUCCCAGGCCAGCGAGGCUCCCAGACAUUCAUGACGUAAUUAUCGAAAUGGUGUAUUGAUGUACAAACCAUGCACCCUUUGGGUCAUGGCACAGCGUUUGAAUACUGUUUAAGGUUUGCUGUGAAACAUUUGCAAAGCCCCCCCCCAGGAUUUUUUCCAGACAUGUUUGAGGAGGAGGGCUUAGUAGUCAACAGCAACUUGAUAUGUGCAUGCAAUGUAACAUUCUGUAAAUAUCAUUGUACAUAUAAAUUAUAAGAGUAUGACUCACCAAUUUUUCCCCUUGUUACAAUAAGCAAUUCCAGCUUUUAGUUUAUGUAUGCAGGGGGGAUGGGGAGUAAGGUGUCAUAUUGCUGAUUAUGUUGAAAAAAUAAAAAUGGCGGCUGUGUAAACACGGAGUGAUAGGGAAAAAAAAAAUAUGUGGGUUUCCGGUUUCCCGACCCUACCUAGCUUUUGGACAUCGAAAUCCCGACCCUAAACUUUUUUAUUGGAUCAUGCUUGUAAGUGUUUCCACUUAGAGGAAAAAGUUUGUGGAAAAUUGAAAUUUGAGGCAAUAUUAGGGAAAUUUAUCUUUGGAUGUGGAAGCACUGACUAAACAAAAUGGCGUCUGCUUGUUCGGAAAAUUAAAAAAAGUUUAAAAAAAAAGUUAAAACCGACCUACCCUACCUACGUUUUUAUAAGAAGAAACCGGAAACCCACAUAUUUUUUUUUGCCUAGCUUAUAUUUAAAUUGUUCCGCAUAAUCAGCAAUAUGAUACCUUACUUCCCAUCACCCCCUGCAGGCAUAAAUUAAAAGCUGGAAUUGCCUAUACUACAAAGCUGUUUUUAAAAUCAUUGCUUUAAAGGGGAUGGAGGUGUUGACACAAAGAUGAAUGAUUAUAUAUUGCCUAUUUCAAUUUUAUAGAAUAACUUUAUUACCAAGUUAGACCUUCAGCAACAUAUAAAAAUGUAAUAACAAACAAAUUUGUUUGUUAUUUAAGUCAAAUUAUGACUUUCAUCCAUCAUUUAAUCUUUUUCAAGAAGAGGUGAAAAAAUCUCUGGGGAAGUGCAAUUCGACCCCGGAGGAGAUGCUUACCUCCCCACAAAAUCUGGCCAUGAUCUAGCAUAUAUGCCAGCAGUGGCGGACAUUCUACAAAAAUAUUGGUGGGAUGAAUUGGGUUGCAACCACGACUUGUUGCCCAAAAUCUUGGUUCUUUAACCCAUUAAGCGAUAGCGCUCUCUCCUUGACGAGUAAAAUCGUCUGGCGUUAGACAUAGUAAAAUAAUGCUACUCAAAGGAUUAACCCAUUGAGUAGCAGUACUCUCCCCUUGACAAAUAAAGUCAUCUGGCAUUAGACAUGAACAUAAAUAGGGUGUAUCAGGGCCUAUUGCCACUUAUGCCUUAAAUGGUUAACAGAAUGCAUGUAUGAUUAACCCAAUAACCUAAAUGGGUCUCAUUAACCCAUUUAAGGGCAGCACCCUCCCCAUGAAGAAUAAAAUUGUCUGGUGUUGGACUGAGUAAAAUAAUAAAGUAGGGUGCAUCAGGGAUUCAGGAUGCAUUGUCACUUAAAUUAGAGUUACAUUUUUUGCCUUAAAUUUCAUGUAAUCUAUAUAUAGCUCAAUGUAUGACUACAUACCAAUACCUUUAUGGUUGUUACACAGUUAUUCAGCCAUCAUUCGAAGUCUUUCAGAAAUUAAUUGGGGGGAAAUUAUUCCCUUGCCCUGAGGUCUUUAUCUCAAAGCCCAAAAUAUUUUAUUUAUAUCCGGCUUGUUCUAAGGCGGCGACUUAUUUUUUACACGCCCAUUUUACGAAAUACUCCGAAUAUUUACAUAAACCUUGCAUUUUGUAUCUUCUUUUCAAUAUCUCAUAUCUAUGUGCAGCGUUCCAGCCAACCGAGCUCGACAGCUGGAUUCUGUGACCGGAUUCCUGCCAGAGGGCGUAUAGUUGCAUUUUUUGCAACUGCUCCUGGUUGGGUAUAAAAUUCACACUCGACAUUUCCAUCUACAAGACCCUUCAACACUUAAUUUAAAGCCGGUUGCAGAUGAGCUUUGCUAGUUUUGACACGUUUUGCUUUGGCAAAUACUGUACACUUGUUGAACAAUUGUACUUGAACAAUUGUACUUGCCAGACAAAAAUUUGGCGAAGUUUUUCUUGUAUAUGUAUGGGUCAACAAAGAAAAUUUCACAAAUAGAGAUUAGUUAAUGGUUGGUGAGCGCGUACGGUUUUUAUUCACGAGUGGAUUAUUACAAGUGAACGUGUGAGCGCAGCGAACGAGUAAACUUGUAAUAAUUCACGAGUGAAUAAAAAUCGUAUUCGCGAACCAACCAUGAUGUUAUUUGAACGUAUUUUCCAGUACGAUCAUUUUUCACUAGUGAAAAAACAUCGUUUGUCCAAUCAGACGGCGCGAACGACGUUGUUUCACUAGUGAAAUUUCAUCGUUCGCGUCGCUGAUUGGCUGUGGCAAAAUUCCGUACGAUUAUUACGCAAUGCCAUUUUAAUGAAUAAAUCUCAGUACUUAUAUAAUAAAAUACUUUAUUAAGCACUUGUGUGCGGUUAGUCCGCGAUCUACUGUAUUAUUGUUGUACAACUAUCAUUGCUGGCACAAAACUUGUCAUGGAAAAUUUGUUUGCAUAAACACGUGCACUUAAGCCUGGUUUCCAUAUGGUCGUAAAGGUCGUAACGAUUGAAUCACGAUCUUUCUCAUCAGCCGAACUACAACAUUUUACAACUGAAAACACGCGGAGUGAUUAUAAAUAGAGAAUACUUAUGAUUUUAGCUAUAUGUGGUGUACAACUAUACACUGUUUUAAACUGGCCGUUGAGAAAGAUCGUGACUCUAUUUUUACGACCAUAUGGAAAUCAGGCUUUAGCAAAUAAAACGUUUCUCAUGAAAACUUGCUCCGGCGUCUGUGACAAGCUUAAAUCAGACUAAAAGCAUAUAACUCUAACGAAUUUUCACUUACUCUUAUGUAGAUUCAUCUUUUGCUUUCUCUUUAUUGGGACAUCUGCUAGCUCUGUGACUGUAUAUGACAAAUGAUAAUCCAACCAACAAUCCAGAGUUUUUGAAUCACAACUGUAAAGCGACAAAAAGCGAGAUUAUAUUUAUAGUGACGUUAUGUGUCCAGUUCCCGUUUCGAUUGCUGAAAUCUUUUACUCAGUUCUUCCAAUUUUUAUUCCAUCAUGAUAUAAUCCCUUCAGGCUUGCUGAAACUACUUUCGGUACAAAAAUAUGACUUAAAAAGCGCAAGAGCAAGCCUUGGAGCGACUCCACUGGUCUUCCUUGAAGAAUUGUGAAUAACAAAUCGUGUAUUCUUUUGAAAUUCCAUGCUUUUUAAAAAAGUUGCAUAAUUUGUUAUUCUAUUGCACGCUACAUUGGUUUCUUGCUGUUAUUAUGCAUAAACAAGUGCAUAUAAAACAAUAAAAUUGCCCAAAAUUAGUCAUCCCACUGAAAUCAUUGUCAAUCAUGUAUUAAUUACCACAAAUGCUCGAACCUCGGCUUUUAUCUAAUACAGCCUUCGGGUUGCGCCCAGCCGCCCAUAUACAGGGUGUAUAAAAAAAUAUAACUUUGACAUGUUAUCGUGCAUUAAUUAAUUAAUACGUCAAUACGUUUUCUUUUUCGUAUUUAUAAAGUCAGGCCUUUAGCUGUCAAAUGCAUGACACCUUUAUGCAAUGACUGCGAUAAAAAAUGACCCAAUGCGAUCUGAUUUAAAAUUAUCGGCUUCUUGCAAUUUUCGAACAUUUGCCCAAAAGUUUGUUGGCCAUUUGGAAAACGUAUUGUGAGUCCAGUCUGCAAACUUUCAAUGUUGUAAAAUGUUUUAGCCACUUUACACAUGCGUUGCACCAUAUUUUCUCAAGGGACUUCAAUUUCAAUCCCAAAUGAGAAUAAUUUCAAUACUCAGACAAUAGCUUUACAUGCAAUUCCCAAUUUAAUCGCAAUGAUUUCACAUGCUUAUAUUUUAUGUUUCUGGUCUUUGAAUCAUACCAUGUAGUUGAAACUGGCAACAUAAAAUAUAUUCGUGUUAACUUGUUUACUUGUUGAUAUUUUUGGAAAAUAGUGGGGGUGGAUGGCAAACCUCUCCCCCUAAUAUCCGCCACUGUUAUACUUAUCUCACCUUGCAAACCGGCAAGGAACGAGUGCAGUAUAUAUUAAAUGUGUAGAAUGUGAGUAUAAGAACAGGAUCCUAAAGCCUGGUUUUCAUAUGGUCGUAAUGGUCGUAAUAAUAUAGAGUCACGAUCUUUCUCAACGGCCAGUUUAUAAUAGUUUAUACAUGUAAACCACAUAUAAAUCAUAAGUAUAUUCUCUAGUUAUAAUCACUCCGCGUGUUUUCAGCGGUCCUAAAAUGUUGUAUUUCGUCUGAUGAGAAAGAUCGUGUCUCAAUCUUUACGACCGUUACGACCAUAUGCAAACCAGGAUUUAAGCCGAAGAAUAUGCCUAGUCAACUUAUAUAACUUGAAAUAUUUUCUAUUGCUAGGAAAUUUUACAAAAAUUAGAACAACUACGAGUGGAGCAGCUUAAGGCGCUGAAAGAACUGAAAGUAAGUCAUUACGAUUCAUAAAAAGUCAUUUAUAACAUAACCACAGCUGGAACACUAAAGGAACAUUCGGCCGGAAAUGAUCUGCGUUUAUUAAACCAUAUAUGGUGAUAUGUUGUAUUUCGUGGUGCGGAGAUUCUCAAACGUGGGAGAGGCAGUACCCCAGAAAUGGCGGAAAAAUCGGCCGUGAGAAAGGCUAUGUAAAUUCGUUGCAAUACUACAAUUUCACAAAAAGGCAAAUAAAUUAAUUUACCUACUGUAUAAGUAAAUUAGUUACAACUGCGGCAAAAACAGGAUAAGUUCCCAAAUGAUAUAUAGUUCCCAAAUGGUUUAUUCAAAUGCACCUAUACACGGUGAAGAUUUUUAGGUGUUUCUAGAACGAUAUUUCCUAGUUCGCCCAAGCCUUUAGGCCCAGUUAACGCUUGUAAGGAGGUAUUUUGACGCGUUUAGAGCGCCGAACUGAUAACAUUGUACAUUUUCCAUUACGCUAUUAUGUAAAAAUUAUUUUCUAACAUAAAUACGUCUUCACAAAAACAGAUCAAUUGUAAAGGACUUUAAAUAAUUUACUUUUUAGAAAGUAGAGAAAGCAAAGAAGAAACAGCGGCGUCGCACGGCCCAUGGUUGUCCUUCUUUUAUCAACAUUGGGGGCAACCAGAAUAGCACAACUACUGAUAAAAAUGCUAGAACUCCAGCACAAGACAAGAGUCAUGUCAUGGGACGUACCUCUUCAAAAAGUUGCAGUAGGAUUGAUGGGGCAAGAAUGAAGGCAAAGUUUACACCGAAUUUAAAGGGAGAACAAGAAAGUGAAAUCAACGAAAUUGCUUUUGCUUUAUCAAGCUCGAACAAAGACAAGUCUUCUUCAAUAAAAAAUGCAGCUCGGGUGAACAAACCAGAGGAGAACAGUAUAGAAGUAGAGCCGCACAAGACAGAAGGCGUUGCGCAAAAGGAGGUAUUAGCGACAAGGAAUAUUCGUUUAUCUAAAGAGAACAGAUUCAAUGCCAACGAAGUAGUUUCGAAACCAACGAUAUCGUUAGAUAUGACACCAAAAACAAGCUUAUUUGCUGAAGAAAAACCAGAGAAUUACAAAAAAGGAACAAUUAUUCAAAAAGAGGUAUCUUCCACAGGAAGUAAUGGUUUAUCUAAAGAUAACAGUAAAACAGUUUCCAAACCAGGGAUAACACUAAAUCUGACACCAAAAAGCAGGUUAUUCGGCGAGAAGGAGACAGAGAAUAGGCCUGCGCGUAUUCCACAGCAGAAAAAUGUAGGAAGAUUAACUAAACCUCUCAAAUUUUCCAGAAAAGCACGCAGUUCCCUUAAAUUUCCACCUGCCAGUACUGGUUGGCGAAAAUCGGAAAUUCCGAACACUGUUUUUGUUUCUGGUAAACGGCAAUCUUUCGGAAAGAUAAAGCAAAUAGAAGAUAUUGCAGAAACUGCAUUGGGAGAAAAUUCUGUACUUUAUGAAAAUUUUUGCGAGGCUAAAGAGAGCGAAAACAAUACAGACACGAAACAUGCCGAGUGCAAACUUCAGGAUUGUGGCCCUAAUAAACGUACUUCAACGAACACGACACGAUCUCAAGCUAACGAUAAUAGAGUUGAAAGUGGAGAACAAGAACCUUCCAAGCCAGGUUCCAAGCCUUUAAAUGAAAAAUUACUUUCCACCCAUAGAAAUGAAAAAUUACUUUCCACCCAGUCAACUGUUUCCACGCAUUGUCAACAGUUUCAUAAUUUUUCACAGAACAUAUUUAGCCAAAGUUUAUUCGAUGAUGUCCUCGGGGAUCAAAGUUCCACGGAUGAUUUGCCAGAUAUUUGUGAACCAUCAACAACUAAGAUGGGAAAUACUCAAACAAAUACUUGCGAAGUUGGAGUAGCAAUAGCACCCAUAAAUAACAAGCGUGGACAAAUUUGCAAUGGCAAAGACGAGAAGCAAAACUAUGCGCUGACAACUAAUGGAAAGAUGAAACCAAAUUUGAUAACUUCAUCCAAAUUGAAAAGAUCAGCGUGUAACUCUUCAGGUCGUAGAUCUAUUGCUACAGAGAUAUUACCAAGAAACGCCAUGCAGUUGGAAGAAGAUAGCAAGGAGAUAGGAAAGGAAGCAGAUCAUAAUUUAUAUUCUAAGACUGAUACAUCAGAUAUAUCACCAGGCAAUACCGUGCAAGAGGAUGAUCCAAAAGAAAGGAAGACGAUGAAUUCCAACAUUCCAACAGGUGUUUCUGAGAUUAGAAAGUUAUCCUCAAAUUUACCAUCCAGCAGUUUACCACAGAUGGUUAAUAUAGGAGACAAAGUAGAGGAUGUGAAAUUGUCGACCAACGUAUUAGAAGACGCGCCCUUUCAGCCAGUAGAAAAUGCAAUGCCUACGAUAUCGUCAUCAAAGAAAAUAACCUCGGCGAAGGUUGCUCAACCAGCAACUGGCAAUAAUCAAGUGAGCGACAUGGGUGAUGAUUGUAAUUCACGUUUUUUACUUAAAGAGACCGACAGACAAUUGGAAAGGCAAGAAAACAAGUCUUCUCAGUCCAUAAAUGAUAACAUGGCUGCUGAGUACAAUAAAGUUUUAGAGCAUGAAGGUGCUUUACUCGAACAGCAAACUGAAAGACUACAGCCUGAAUUUGUUGAAGACAUGUUAACUGAUUUUCCCCAAAUUGACGACAUUUUCGCCAACGAACUAGGAGUAUUUGAUACCAGACCAGAGUCCAAAACAGCAUCAGUAGAAAGUAAAGACAGAAAACAAACAAACACCGUAUCUCGGGAAUUAAAGAACCUUCAAUUCAUAAAGGAUAAGAACAGCUUUAAUUUUGAUGAGCUUUUGUUGUCGCAGCCUUCCUCACCUUUUCCACAAAAUGUCCCCUUUGAAGGUCAUUCUAGCGAGGGGGUUACUCUUAUAGAGCGUGAGAUAUGUUUACAGGUAAGCAAUCACAACAUCUUAUCCCUAAGUGGCAUUUAAUAAUCAGACCAAAGGCUUCAUCUUAUGGGAAAGAAUGGUAUUAUAGAGUUUCUAUAUCGAGUUUUAAUUCAAAUGGUUGGCAUUUUCGAUCAUUUAUGUGAUUACUCGUCUAUUGAACUGUCCUAUUUUGCUAAUAACUCUGGCUUUCACACUUUGAAGAAAAUUGAAGAUACUAGUACGUUGUAAGCCAAUGAAGUGAAUCAAUCUGGAAAAUUUCGUCUGCUAUUUACUUUCGACUUCGCAGUUGAAAAUUAUUUCCGCCUGGCAUUUCUCAAAUAUCGCCUGCUCGUUGUCAGACCACCAAUUAUUUUACGCCUUGGGUAAUAUUCAUUUUUUUGUGAUUUUGUUCUAUAGCAUUCAUUAAAUUCACUUGGGAGUUGUAAUGAAGUUCGGCAAAUCAAAUUUCUAUCACAUCAAGCUGAUGAAACUAAAUUGGAUAUGAUAGCCGUAUGUUUGUCCAGGUUGCUGGUAUUGUGGAGGGCGGCGAAUAGCCGCCCUUCAUGGGUUGUUAUGCAUAAAUGGAUACUUGGAGAGGUAACAAGUGCAGCUCUUAUAAAUAAUACAUAGUAUAAUCCAGGGAUGGAUUUACUUAGGGGGUGCAGAUCCGUGCGCGCCUCUCCUCUCCUCUCCUUGGCAAAUGAGAGCCUGCACUGAUGGCAUACAUAUCUGCCCCGUAACGUUCGUUUUUGCAAAUAUGGAAUGUCUAUCCUUAUACGGUGUUGUUUACAACUUUCGUGCAAACUAAAUUUAGACCGUGCAAACUAAAUUUAGACCGUACAGUUUAUACUGUUUUUCAAAAUAUAAGAUAUUCAAGCAAAAGUAUAAAUGUUUUAAAUACUGUUUUCUCAAAACAGAACAUUUCGUGCUUUGAGAUAAGAUGGCCAAGCAUCUGACCAAUGAGAAUUUCGCGUCCAGAUUCGAGACGCAGAUAUUCAUAAUUGUAUGCCAUCAGUACAGGCUCUCAUUUCACCUUGAGAGCCUGCAGGCUCUCAGGCUAUGGCAAAGAGGGUGCAAGGUGCCAAUUUCUUUACCAAAUCCAUUUCUGGAAUUGGAAAGGCAAUUACAAAAUCAGAAGAGACAAAAUGAGAUAUUAAGCAAGACUACAGAUUAGUGCCUUGCUGUCGUAGCUCCUCUAGUGAUUUAUAAGUACUUGGUCACGGUCUCAUCUGAACCAUGACCAUUGACCAAAGCUCGAUGAGUACUCCAUCUAGCAGAUCUGGAUCUAGCAGAUCUGCAUCAAUCCUCGUUAUAAUCGUAAUAGCAUACUAAACAAAUAAUAAAGGGCACUAAGAUGUUGUUAUCAAGAGUUUUUUCAUUGUAUAUAGGAUGAAGAAAUUGUUGAUAUCGAAGUCGCUUCAGUAGGAUCGUGUAUUGUUCUAGUAAUCGGAGGGAAUUUUCAUAAAGCGUUAGGAAGGUGCAGAAUAUUUAUUUAUGAUUGUGAUGUAAAUGUAAAUCCUCGUCUACUGUAUCACUGGAUUCUCAGAAGUUGGGGAAAUUAAUAUAAUGUGCAAGAGUCGUUUGAAAAAGCAUCUAUACCCUUGUUGACCAAUUACGAAUCUCAAUGCCACCACGUACCUGUCUGAUAUUUUACGAUUUCGGACAGGCGCCUAACGGACAGAAGAUUACCGCUGCUUUUCGAUGCUUAUCGCACUUUUACAAGUUUUGUAACAAGGGAAAGGCGAACUCACAAGGAUUUGGAACAUAAAAAUCGUGGAGAUUUUGCCUUCGAAAUUCAAUUUUAAACAACAGUUCAUGAGGACAGAUGUAACCAAAUCAAGCUCUCGACCAAAAUGUUGUUAGAUAUAGAUUAUAUUAUAUAAUACCUUAUUAAAUUCUAAUCGUUUAAUUGGCUGUUUAUGGUCACGUGAUAUUGAAUAGAAAAUUCCAUUUCCCAAGAGUGCAAUGGAACACGUUCCAUUGCACUCUCCGCGAGUGCAAUGGAAUAAAACGUAUAGUACAAUUGCACUCUUUGUGUUUUCGAUAAAUCGCAUCCCUCAAAAUGCUUAUCAUACGAAUCUAUUAGUCUGUUCUGGACUUUUGGUAUUAUAUAAAACAAAUGAAUGUUUCUUCGUGCAAUGGUAAGAAUAUUUUCACUCGGUGAAAGAUGGAAAGUUCCAUUCAACUCGGCUGUCGCCUCGUUGAAUGGAACAUUCCAUCUUUCACCUCAUGAAAAUAUUCUUACCAUUGCACUCAUAAACAUUCAUUAUUUGUAUAAUAUAAAACUUUCUGUCAAUAUUAAAUUAUUCGUGUUUCGUCCCUCUGUUAUUAGUUGACUGGACGUAGUAUUGUCUCUAUGCAGGACUUAGUUUCUUUAGUGAACGUUUCUUUUUUGUUUAGAGUCUAUUGUGUUCAUGAUAAGAGUGAUUGUAAAUUUGACAUUUAUGAAGAAGUAUCGUUUUCAGACUUAGGGUAAGUAUUAGUUAUUUGGUAUAAGUAUUAGUUAUUUGGAGUGUAUGUGGGCUUCUUAUUUCUAUUUUGUAGAAAUAUUUUAUGUAUUGUUUGUCUGUCUGUUGGUAACUGAAAAAUUAUCAGGCAGUUUAAUACAAAAUUUUUGGAACUAAUGGCCAUAUGACCAUCUAUCAAAUUUUGAUUUAAUUUGGAUGGGUUUAUCUUCUGGGCUGAGAUGAUACAUAGCCUCUGAGUGCCGCCUAUUGUUAGUACAAAUUGUAAUGUAUUUUUUUAUGGUUUCUUUAACAGGAUUAUCAAGGUUCAUGGAAAUUUUAAAACACUUUAAAUUCAAAUUUUAGAGAGACUGUGUAUGGUUACCAGGAUAUGUGUUUACUUAAGAACAAAGAUUCAAUUGAAAAUGUUAGUAUCAUCAUGGCCAGUGCCUGUGGAGGGAAAAUUGUUUUGACCAAAUGGACGAUAGAUCUGAUAUGCUUGUAAGUACUGUACUUUAUUUAAUAUACCAAUUAUAACCAUGAUAUAAAUUAACCAUUUUAAAUAUAUAAAAGACCAGUACAAAUGAGUAUGUAAUGAAAUUAUCAUGCAUGCAUGUAUGUAAGUUUUGUUGGUCCAAACAUAAAGUACAAAAAGUUUUCGAAUCAUUUGAAUUAUCUCUAAUGGGUAAAACAAAAUAGAUAUUGGACUGGUUUAUCCCCUCAGUAACACAGGAAAUCAGCUAUCAUGAUGUCAUUUGAAAAAAUGAUAACCACCCAUUUACAGUAUAUAAUUAUAGCUAAGUUCUUACUAUACAAUUCUUCUCGUUUUGGUUUGGAAUCAGAUAAUUAUAAACGCGGUUUCUCGUAUAUACUAAUCAAAUCAUUAAUAUUUCAUAAGGAGAAUUUACAAUUAUUAAGGAAUGAAUCUGUAAUCAAUGUCUGUAAAUGAAACAAAUACAAUGUCUGUUUAAAUGAGACAAUGAUGAUAUCAAAUACAAUAGUUACAAAAUGGUCGAUAAAUAUGAACAGUUCUAUAUCUAUAUAUAUGUGUUUGAUAAGUAUACAUACUUUAAAAAGCAGACUCGUGUUUGUAUGUCUCAUAUACAAGGCGGCUACUCAUAUUUUAUCAAUAACUUGUAUAUUUAUGCCAUGAAUUUCUGACGAUUUGCCUUUGCAUGCACGUUCCUAUAGCUGUUUGGAGGAUUGCAAAGAUUUACCAGACGUUAUUGGCAGUGAGAUGUCUUCUCUUUGUCUUGUUCAAGGAAGCAAGUGUCUGCUUCUUGGCUGCGUUGACUCUGAUGUUUAUCUUUGGUGAGGAUUGUUAAACUUGUUAAAAAUUUUAUUAAAUGAGCUGAUAAUCUUCACUUAUUAUGUAAUAAUAAAUCUAACUGUAUAACUAUAGCAGUAAGAGAAAAGUAAAUUCCUAUUUCAUAUUUAUAAGAAGUAAUAAAACUACAAGGUUAAAUAUUUUCAACUGGAUAUUUUCAAGUGAUUUUAUGCAGGUAAAUUUCGUGGCAGAAUAUUUUGUGAUUACAUGAAGGGCGAUAUCGAUAUUGACAUCAUGUGUUGAUCAUUUUUGGAGCAAGGUUCGCACAAAAAUAUUUGGAUCCCAAUAAGAUUUAAUAAUACUAAACGAAUGGACUCUGAUCACAUAUAGAUCUGAUGAAUAGAUCUGAUCACAUAUCCCAGGUCCCAAAUAAGAUUUAGGGUGCGUUCCUUUAGUGCAAUCCGGAUUUGGAUCUUCAAAUCGGAUUAUCGAUUUUCAGUUUCAUUUAACAAAAUCUUAAAAUAGAUUCGUAUCUGAUGAAUCCACCUCAACAUAUGGAUUUUUCGGAUUUAAUCUGAAACUUGAUUAAGAUUCAACGUUCCUUUUGAGCUUCUGACCUUCUAGCAUCUACCUUGACCCGACCGAAAGGUAUAGUGGGACAGAAAAUUUAUUGUAAAAAUGGCGGGAAAACAGCAGGCGAAUUCCGAUUCUCACAAUUCGUUCCAUUUGUUCAACGAAUCCGCAAAAUCCGAAUCCUAAAAUUCCAAAUCUAGAUUUACAAAAGAAACGCUCCUUUAGUGUUAUCUGUGCAGGAGAAUAGAACUCGUAUAAAUUGUGUUAGUUUACGCAACUAACCAUGAUGGGAAUCGAACCCGUGAUUUUUUUUACUUGCUAUAUUUCAAAACUGAAAACUUAAAGAGAUUCCAGAAUGUGGUGACAUUUCGGAACUUAGUCUGCAGUAUAGUUCCUUCGAUAUCUGUUCAGGUUCGAAAAUUGUGCUCGGAUGUACUCAUAUUAUUUCUGGUAAUUUACAUAAAUGCGUAUUUUCUUUAGGAACUACAAUAGCUGUGAAUUAUUGUGUAGAAUGACACUACAGAUCUGUUUGCUUACCAAACCUGUAUUUCUCAGUGCUGAAACGAACUCGGUAAGCUCACAAAUGCUAAUUUUCGUUCAGUGGCACAAUAUUUACUGAAGGCUGGUGGUGGGCCCUACUGCGGGCCCUGCAAGUGCAGUUUUUUUACUGUUUUUCUGUUCGUUUAUAUAGGGGAUCAUAUUUCUCUCGCUUCUGUAUAAGGUCAGUUCUCGGAAGAUUUCUAAUUUGUUUUACCGUAAAUCCACUAUUAGCCUAAAUCCCCUCCUCUCAAAUAGGCUCCCUUCUCUUUUAACAGUCGGUGCCUGUGUACAGGCAUAACAAACCGCAGCGGUAUAUAGGAGAUACCUAUACCUAUAUAAGCCCGCGCCUGGCGCCACCUCCCUCGGCACAACGAAAAAAGUCUGCUAUAUAAUGUACGAUAUGCUUUGAAUUUUACCGUGUUUCUAUAUAAUUUACCGUGUUUAUAUAUAAUUUAUGAUAUGCUUUGAAUUUUACCGUGUUUCUUAAGUACUACGUUUUAGGCAAAUUAAUAAACGCCCCCUUUGUGUUGUCUUCUCUCGAAGCUAAACAGGUGCAUGUGGUAAAGUAUAAUUCUAACAUAUGUAUCUGAAAUAUUUCAUUAUUCUUAGGAGGAAAAGAAAGUGGAUUUAGUCGCAAUUAAUCCUCAAACGUCUCGCGAAGCAUGUCUGAAAACUUUCAAUAUGGUUCAUAUGAUAGACGACAAGAGGUUGGUAAAAGUAUAGUUGUUAAAUUUAUCACACUCAUGCAGAUUUUGUACUAAUCAUUAUCCUCCUGAAAAAAUAAUCGACCAUCAUUUUUUUAUUUCAAUUAUGUAGAAAUAAACUUCUACAUUGCUGUAAGACCGGUACCUAUGUUAUAAGCAGCUUUCAGCAUGGUCAGAUUUUUUUGUGGAAUAUAGCAACGGAUAGCAAGACAGUUCUUCUCCCCAACUUUGGUAAGAUAUGCUAUACAUGGAUUGGGUCCCAAAAAUAUAGGACAUAUAGGUCCCAAAUAUAGACCUAUAGGUUUCAAAAAUAAUUAUUGGUUUCAGGUUUCCGCCAUAAACAGUUUCUUGGGCCUUGGCAUGUAGCUAGGCUAUAUACUAAGAUAAUUGUUCUAUCAUGCAUACGAAGUACUGUACAAACUAUAGCAGACAACCCUGACUUCAAAACUAUUACUGAAAAUUAAAGUUUCACAGAUUGUAUUUAAAAUAUAUUUGGCACGAUAUUCCCACGUUUCGUCCACAAUAAAGUUAAAGUGCAUGAAAUUGGGAUCAAGAUAAUGUAUUAAUCGUGCGCAAAACACGAGGAUGUUGCCCAAUAUUUGUUAUGCUCUGUUUUAUAUAGGUGAUGUAUAUUGCAUUUCACUUCAUCCCGAAGACUCCGUGAUUGCUUUUGGCACCGUUUCUGGUUGUGUUUAUUUGAACGUUUUGUAAAAGUCUACGAAGUAUUAUUUUGCUAAUUAAAGUAUUAAACCUAACUUUCGUUAUUUGUAUCAAUAUAGUAUAGUAUAUAUAUGUUCUUUACC